UGAUGACGGAUAAAGUAUUAAUUGUGAUUUUUAUAAUAUCCUGUGCCGCUUGGCAGGCACACGCGGCAGUAAACUGCACAACUGCCGGUCGCUUCGCUGACCCAGACGACACUACAUGCCAGAACUAUUACCUCUGCGUCUACAUCAGUUCUACCAGUUCGUUCACAUCAUACAACUACACAUGUCCAUCAACAUCUCUAUUCAAUCCGACCACUCAAGUCUGUACCACAGAUUACGAAUGUACUGUGACUGAUACGACAAAUUCAACUAAUACUACCACGUCUGUUUGUACCGAAGAUGGAUACGUCGCUGAUUCCAACUCAACUGACUGCUCGACGUACAUCCAAUGUGUGAGCAUAAAUGGCACGUUCGAAGAAACUACGCUCACCUGUCCUAAUACGACCUAUUUCAAUCCGAACACGACAUUCUGCGAUUCCAACUACACCUGUACAGCAACGUCUGAUAAUAGUACAAGUACUACUGACACGUGUACCACGUCUGGGAGGAUCGCUGACACGUCAGACACGACGUGCCAAACCUACUACCUGUGUGUAGAGCUCAGCGAUGGCACGAUCGAACAGUACACCUAUACCUGUCCUUCGACAUCCGUUUUCAACCCCACUACAGACUGGAGUUUGUACGACGAAUUACACAUGCUCAAAUACUUAAAGUCAUGCAAUGUAUAA